UGCCCACGCCGCGGGGCAUGGUGAGCACGGGGCGGCCGCUCCCCGCGGGGACCCGCCGGGCGGCCUCGCUGCUCCGCCCCAGCCUCCUCCUCCUCCUCCUGCUGCUGCUGCUGCUGCUGCGAGGCACCGGGGCGCAGAAAGGUGAUGGAUGUGGACACACUGUUCUGGGCCCUGAAAGUGGAACUCUUGCUUCCAUAAACUACCCACGGACAUCUCCCAAUAGCACAGUUUGUGAGUGGGAAAUUCGGGUAAAGCCUGGGCAGCGAGUUCAGCUCAAAUUCGGCGAUUUUGAUAUUGAUGACUCAGAUUCUUGUCAUUCCAGUUACUUAAGGGUUCACAAUGGAAUUGGCCCCAACAGGACAGAGAUAGGAAAAUACUGUGGGUUUGACUUUCAAAUGGAUGGUUUAAUUACUUCAAAAAGUAACGAGGUCACAGUACAGUUCAUGAGCGGGAUUCACGCUUCUGGACGUGGAUUUCUUGCAGCUUAUUCAACCACUGACAAAUCAGACUUAAUUACCUGUUUAGACAAUGCAAGUCACUUUUCCGAACCAGAAUUCAAUAAGUAUUGUCCAGCUGGAUGUGUGAUCCCUUUUGCUGAUAUUUCAGGCACUAUUCCCCAUGGAUACCGAGAUUCGUCAUCACUUUGUAUGGCUGGUGUUCACGCAGGCGUUGUGUCAAAUACUCUGGGUGGCCAAAUUAACGUUGUGAUCAGCAAGGGCAUUCCCUACUAUGAAGGCUCCUUGGCUAACAAUGUCACCUCAAAGGUGGGACCUUUAUCUACAAGUCUCUUCACCUUUAAGACAAGUGGUUGUUAUGGGACACUAGGGAUGGAAUCUGGGGUAAUUCCUGAUUCCCAGAUCACUUCAUCGUCUAUUCUUGAGUGGCCUAACCAAACAGGACAAGUAAACAUUUGGAAACCUGAAAAUGCCAGACUAAAAAGGGUUGGUCCUCCUUGGGCUGCUCUUAUCAGUGAUGAACAUCAGUGGUUGCAGAUUGAUUUGAAUAAAGAAAAGAAAAUAACAGGCAUUAUAACUACUGGAUCAACUUUAGCAGAGUACUACUAUUAUGUCUCAGCCUACAGAAUUUUAUACAGUGAUGAUGCACAGAAGUGGACAGUGUACAGAGAACCUGGCAUGGAUAAAGAUAAGGUAUUUCAAGGGAAUACUGAAUUGUACCAGGAAGUUCGCAAUAAUUUCAUACCACCUAUUAUUGCACGCUUUUUUAGGAUUAACCCCUUAAAAUGGCACCAGAAAAUUGCAAUGAAAUUAGAACUGCUAGGAUGUCAGUUUAGUAUAGGUCGUGCUCCUAAAAUCACCUUGCCACCACCACCACCACCACCUCAGAACAAGAAUGAUGAGAAGAAUGCUGACUUCAUUGAUGACUUCAUUCAUUCAGUGAAGACUUCAUUGCAGACAGAUAAAACAACUUUCACACCUGAAAUAAAGAACACUACAGUGACUCCAAGUGUAACCAAAGAUGUGGCAUUGGCAGCAGUUCUGGUUCCAGUGCUGGUGAUGGUCUUCACUACUCUGAUUCUUAUCUCAGUUUGUGCGUGGCAUUGGAGGAACCGCAAGAAAAAAACUGAGGGCACAUAUGAUCUACCUUACUGGGAUCGUGCAGGAUGGUGGAAAGGAAUGAAACAAUUCCUCCCGACCAAAUCAGCAGAACAUGAAGAAACUCCUGUACGCUACAGCAGCAGUGAAAUUAGUCACCUAAGACCAAGAGAAGUCCCAACAAUGUUGCAAACAGAGUCUGCAGAGUAUGCUCAGCCCCUGGUAGGGGGAAUUGUCGGCACACUUCAUCAGAGAUCAACCUUCAAACCAGAGGAAGGAAAAGAAGCAAGUUAUGCUGAUCUGGACCCUUACAAUUCACCCAUACAAGAAGUUUACCACGCCUACGCCGAACCACUGCCUAUAACUGGACCAGAGUACGCAACUCCCAUAAUCAUGGACAUGUCCAGCCAUCCCAGCACACCUCUUGGCGUUCCUUCCAUUUCCACCUUCAAAGCUGCAGGGAAUCAAGCUCCUCCACUGGUUGGAACUUGCAGUAAACUGUUAUCUAGGACAGACAGUGCCUCAUCAGCACAGGCACUGUACGACAUACCAAAGGGGCAGCCGGGGCCAGGCAGCGCCGACGAACUGGUGUACCAGGUACCACAGAGCGUGGCCCAUUCCACUGGGAGCAAGGAGGAACUCAGUUAGCUCAUGAGUAAGACAGAAUGAUGGCUUGUUUUUAAAAGCCAGUUCCAUAAAGCUGACAGUUCCAUUUUUUUUUUUUAAUUCCAUUGUUUUGAUAUUGUUAGUCUUAAAUAAUACAAUGUUGAACCAAAAGAUGUGGUAUUGGAGGUCUGGGAAGACGGAAAUUCUGCCUCUCCUAAAGCUGUACGUACAAUUAACAGCUUGUCUCCUGCAAAAUCGUGGACUUUUUUAUUACUACUGUACAAUUGUCUGUCAGACAUGAGAGAAGAACUCUUCAUGAUUAGCUUCAGUAAUUCCUAGAUGUGAAUGAUAAAUGGGGAGAAACAGUUUAAAGUACUAAAGCCAGUCCUUUCUUCCUAAUGGUACUAUUUUUUGGGGGGGAAAAAACCCCACCCCAAACCCCAAAGCUCCUAACUUCCUAAGAUCUAUAUGUAGGCACUGCGGCUUCUAAAAUCCCUUUUUUCUUAUCAAAUAUCUGCACAAUUUUGGACUUUACCAACUACUGUCAGGACUGAUGGCAAAAAUCCUGUUAACUUUAAGACAUAAAAUAGUUUUGUUUCUGAAUUACAUUAUUGCAGCUUUUGUUCACAGGAUGAGGAAUCAUCAGCUGUCUGUUCCUCUGAAGGUUCCUUCCUUUUUGGUUAGCCUUCCAAAACUAGAAGCUGCUGUCUCUGUGUCUUUCUGUUUCGUCUCCUUAAGCCACUCAGUCUUUUUCCUUCCCAGGGAUCCAGGAGGCACAAAUUCACACAAGGAAACUACACGACAACUGAUUUUUCAUUUUUCCCUCCUGAGUGAAAGCUACUCUGAAUAGCAUCUGCUUCCAAGUCAGACUUCCCUAAUGGUCAGUGUGCAGGAAGCAUCCAGGUGUUGGAGGUGACUGAAUUCAGAAAGGCCCUGCCCUGCCCUCCCCCCGAAGUGUCUGUUGUUGUGUGCUCAGGUGUGAGCUUAUACAAAGAAAGAUCUGUAUAUACUUUUGUGAGUGCUUAAGGAAGCACACAAAUAUUCUAAUGGUGCACAGUUUGUGUUACACAUGCAUUUAGCACAUAUGGUAUGUUUUAGCACAACUGACAAACUUUAGCCUUAAGAGUUUUUCUUGUGAUUGUUCUUAUUAAAAGUAUACAGGAUUCCAAAACCUUUGCAAAAGAACCAGUACUGUUCCAAAGAGUGUCCAUUUCAGAUGUAUUUAAUGGAAUUUGUAUCCUUUGAAUGUUCCAGUGUUCUCUACUAUGAAAACAUUGCAGUAAGUCUUCUCUUGAAGUAAUGUAGACUAGUUUUAGCUAGGUAAUCACAAAAUGAAAACAGUUUGAAUGCCAUGUUUGCCAUUUUUUAUCUUGUUAAAAAAGAAAAAGCACAGCUUUCUUACCUAAGUAGUAGGGGGAAACCCCCCCCCCCCAAUAAAAAUGCUUUAUUUUUUUCCUAA